CGACAGCGGCGGCUAGAAGACGGCGGGCUCGUCGCCUGUAAGCGGCAACAGUGGCGGCGGCGGUGAGAGCGCGAGGGGCGGCCGCGGCGGCUGCGGCCGCGGCGGCGACGGUGGCCGAAAAGGGUCGCGGCUGCAGGAGCCGGAGGAUCGCCCUCGGAGCAGCGGCAGCAGCAGCAGCAGGAGGGGCUGGCUGGUUUUGGCUGUACUAAUACUACUGCUGACUUGGUGCUUUAAGGAUUUGCCUUUUCUCACUUUCUUUACUUGCCUAUCAGACAUAAUGAGGAGACUGGCUUUUCGUGGUGCUGGUUGUACUCUGAAGAAGUUGGAUUCCAUGGGCUCAAAGCGCCGAAGGGCUACUUCUCCUUCCAGCAGUGCCAGUGGAGGUGAUUUUGAUGAUGGCCACCAUUCCUCAAACACACCAGGUCCAAGCAGGAAGAGAAGAAGACUUGCCAACCUCCCAACCGUUGAUCCUAUUGCGGUAUGCCAUGAAUUAUACAAUACAAUCAGAGAUUACAAAGAUGAACAAGGGAGGCUUCUGUGUGAACUUUUCAUUCGGGCCCCCAAGAGAAGAAAUCAGCCAGAUUACUAUGAAGUAGUUUCUCAACCUAUUGAUUUAAUGAAAAUCCAGCAGAAGCUAAAAAUGGAAGAAUAUGAUGAUGUGAACGUGUUAACUGCUGACUUCCAGCUGCUAUUUAAUAAUGCAAAAUCCUAUUAUAAGCCAGAUUCUCCUGAAUACAAAGCUGCCUGUAAAUUGUGGGAUUUAUAUCUACGCACAAAAAAUGAAUUUGUUCAGAAAGGAGAUCCUGAUGAUGAAGAUGAGGAUGAUGAGGGCCAUGACAAUCAAGGGGCAAUUUCUGAAAUAUCUUCUCCAGGUCGCUUAAAAGAAAUUCUUGAACAGCUUCUUGAGGCAGUAGUUGUAGCAACAAACCCAUUGGGCCGCCACAUUAGUGAGCUUUUUCAGAAGCUUCCCUCUAAAGUGCAAUAUCCUGACUAUUAUGCAAUAAUUAAAGAGCCCAUAGACCUGAAGACAGUUGCGCAGAGAAUACAGAAUGGAAGCUAUAAGAGCAUUCAUGCAAUGGCCAAGGACAUAGAUCUAUUAGUUAAGAAUGCCAAAACCUACAAUGAACCUGGAUCUCAAGUAUUCAAGGAUGCAAAUGCAAUUAAAAAAGUAUUUAAUAUGAAAAAGGCAGAAAUUGAACAUACAGAACUGGCUAAAUCAAGUCUCCGAGUCAGGACUCCAAAUUUGGCUGCUUCCAAGCUGACAGGUCCUUCCUCACAGGGUAAAGGCAGUGUUGUCGAUGAGAGAAAUUCUGCUAAUAAAUAUUACCGUAACAAAAGAGCUGUCCAGGGGGAUCGUUUAUCAGCAAUAACAAUGGCACUUCAGUAUGGAUCUGAAAGUGAUGAAGAUGCUGUUCUGGCUGCUGCUGCCCGCUAUGAAGAAGGAGAGUCUGAAGCUGAGAGCAUUACUUCCUUUAUGGAUACUUCCAAUCCUCUCUAUCAGCUUUAUGACACAGUUAGGAACUGCCGAAACAACCAGGGCCAACUUAUAUCGGAACCUUUUUUCCAUUUGCCCUCAAAGAAGAAAUAUCCUGAUUAUUAUCAGCAAAUUAAGCUGCCUAUUUCAUUACAGCAAAUAAGAACAAAAUUAAAGAAUAAUGAAUAUGAAACGCUUGACCAUUUGGAAUGUGAUUUAAAUUUGAUGUUUGAAAAUGCGAAACGUUAUAAUGUUCCACAUUCAGCCAUUUAUAAGAGAGUAUUGAAAAUGCAGCAGGUUAUGCAGGCAAAGAAAAAGGAGCUAGCUAGAAGAGAUGAAAUUGAGGACGGAGACAGUAUGAUCUCUUCUGCUACAUCUGAUGCUGGAAGUUCAAAAAGAAAAAGCAAAAAGAAUUUUAAAAAACAGCGAAUGAAAAUUUUAUACAAUGUUGUUCUUGAGGCACGAGAACCCGGAACUAACCGAAGACUCUGUGAGCUAUUUAUGGUGAAACCUUCCAAAAAAGAUUAUCCAGAUUAUUACAAAAUCAUCUUGGAGCCAAUGGAUUUAAAAAUAAUAGAGCAUAAUAUCCGCAGCGACAAAUACUCUGGAGAGGAAGCUAUGAUAGAAGAUAUGAGGUUAAUGUUUCGGAAUGCAAGGCAUUAUAAUGAAGAAGGCUCACAGGUAUACAAUGAUGCUCAUAUCUUGGAGAAGAUUCUUAAAGAGAAGAGGAAAGAGCUGGGACCUCCACAUGAAGAUGAAGAGGUUGCUUCCCCUAAACUGAAAUUAAGUCGGAAAACUGGUGUCUCACCUAAAAAAUCAAAAUACAUGACUCCAAUGCAACAGAAACUUAAUGAGGUAUAUGAAGCAGUGAAGAACUACACAGAUAAGCGAGGAAGACGACUGAGUGCUAUUUUCCUACGGCUUCCAUCUCGGUCAGAGCUUCCUGAUUACUACCUGACCAUUAAAAGACCAGUUGAUAUGGAAAAGAUCAGAAGUCACAUGAUGGCCAAUAAAUACCAGGACAUUGAUGCCAUGGUGGAAGAUUUUGUUAUGAUGUUCAAUAAUGCCUGCACUUAUAAUGAACCAGAAUCCUUGAUUUACAAAGAUGCACUGGUGCUCCAUAAAGUUUUGCUUGAAACAAGAAGAGACAUAGAAGGAGAUGAAGACUCUCAUGUCCCAAAUGUAACCCUGCUGAUCCAGGAACUUAUACAUAAUCUUUUUGUUUCUGUCAUGAGUCAUCAAGAUGAUGAGGGCAGGUGCUAUAGUGACUCAUUAGCUGAAAUACCUGGUGUAGAUCCCAACUUCCCAAACAAACCAUCUCUGACUUUUGAUAUCAUACGAAAAAAUGUUGAAAAUAACCGUUACAGGAGAUUGGACUUAUUUCAAGAGCACAUGUAUGAAGUAUUAGAGCGGGCAAGAAGGAUGAACCGGACUGAUUCAGAGAUUUAUGAGGAUGCAGUAGAACUUCAACAAUUCUUUAUUAAAAUUCGUGAUGAACUUUGCAAGAAUGGUGAAAUUCUAUUAUCACCAGCUCUCAGCUAUACUACCAAACAUCUCCAUAAUGAUGUUGAAAAAGAGAAAAAGGAAAAACUCCCAAAGGAAAUGGAGGAAGACAAGCUCAAAAGAGAAGAAGAGAAGAGAGAAGCUGAAAAGAGUGAAGAUACUUCUGUUGGAUCAGGGCUAUCUAGUUUACACAGGACAUAUAGUCAAGACUGCAGCUUUAAGAACAGCAUGUAUCAUGUUGGAGAUUACGUUUAUGUUGAACCCGCAGAAGCCAAUUUACAACCUCAUAUAGUCUGUAUUGAACGACUGUGGGAAGAUUCAGCUGGGGAGAAAUGGCUGUAUGGUUGCUGGUUUUACAGACCAAAUGAAACAUUCCAUCUUGCUACGAGAAAGUUUUUGGAGAAGGAAGUCUUUAAAAGUGAUUAUUACAACAAGGUUCCUGUGAGCAAAAUUUUAGGAAAAUGUGUUGUCAUGUUUGUUAAGGAGUAUUUUAAGCUAUGUCCAGAAAACUUUAGAGAUGAAGAUGUCUAUGUUUGUGAAUCACGUUAUUCUGCGAAAACAAAGUCCUUUAAGAAGAUUAAAUUAUGGACCAUGCCAAUUAGUUCUGUACGAUUUGUCCCGCGAGAUGUACCCUUGCCUGUGGUUCGUGUUGCAUCAGUAUUUGCUAAUACUGACAAAAUUGAUGAAGAAAAACACAUUGAAACAUCCGAAGAAAUCAAAGUGGGUGACAGUGUCCUUAGCCUUGAAAAGGAUAAAGAAGAUGUUCCAGUAGAAAUGCCAAAUGGAGAACCAGGUUGUCACUAUUAUGAACAGCUUUGUUACAAUGAUAUGUGGCUGAAGGUUGGGGAUUGUGUCUUCAUAAAAUCACAUGGUUUAGUCCGACCACGAGUUGGCAGAAUAGAAAAAAUGUGGGUAAGAGAUGGAGCUGCGUAUUUCUUUGGUCCAAUCUUUAUACACCCAGAGGAAACUGAACAUGAACCAACUAAAAUGUUCUACAAGAAGGAAGUAUUUUUGAGUAAUCUGGAAGAAACCUGCCCCAUGACAUGCAUUUUGGGAAAAUGUGCGGUUCUGUCUUUCAAAGACUUCCUUUCCUGUAGACCAACAGAGAUUCAUGAAAAUGAUGUUCUCCUCUGUGAAAGUCGCUAUAAUGAAAGUGACAAACAGAUGAAGAAAUUUAAGGGGCUAAAACGAUUUUCCCUGUCUGCAAAAGUAGUAGAUGAUGAAAUUUAUUAUUUUAGGAAGCCCAUAGUUCCUCAGAAGGAGCCAUCUCCACUUCUAGAAAAAAAGAUUCAGCAGCUAGAAGCAAAAUUUGCUGAAUUAGAAGGAGGUGAGGAAGAGAUAGAAGAGAUUGGGGAAGAGGAAGGUGAAGUCAUAGAAACACCAGCAAUGCCACAGCUUCCACCUCCACUCACUAAUGAACUGGAUAUAAUGCCAUAUACUCCACCCCAGUCCACUCCAAAGUCUUCUAAAAGCAGCGUAAAGAAGGAAGGAUCAAAAAGGAAGAUCAAUAUGAGUGGUUAUAUUCUAUUUAGUAGUGAGAUGAGAGCUGUUAUUAAAGCUCAGCACCCAGACUAUUCUUUUGGAGAGCUCAGCAGACUUGUUGGAACAGAGUGGAGAAACUUGGAAGCCACCAAGAAAGCAGAAUAUGAAGAGCGGGCAGCUAAGGUUGCUGAGCAGCAGGAGAGAGAACGAGCAGCACAGCAACAGCAGCAGAAUUCCUCCCCCCGGGCAGGCACUCCUGUUGGGGCUCUUAUGGGGGUGGUGCCGCCACCAACACCAAUGGGGAUGCUCAACCCGCAGUUGACACCUGUUGCAGGCAUGAUAGGUGGCUAUCCACCAGUGCUGCCACCUUUACAGGGCCCAGUUGAUGGCAUUGUUAGCAUGGGUAGCAUGCCACCACUUCACCCUGGGGUGCCUCCACCCCAUCAACUUCCACCAGGCAUGCCAGGCAUACCAACGCCGGGUGUUAUAGGUCAAAGUGUUUCCUCCAUGGUAGGAGCACCAGCACCAGGAAGUCCAUUUGGACAGCAGAUGGGUAUCCUUGGUUCUCCAGGGCAGCAAGCUCCACCUCCCUAUCCUGGUCAAAAUUCAGCAACUCAGCAAGUCAUGCAACAGCCUACAACUCCUAUGUUUGUCUCUCCUCCACCAAAGACGCAGAGGCUUCUUCACUCAGAAGCUUAUCUGAAAUACAUUGAGGGUCUUAGUGCUGAUUCAAAUAGUAUUAGUAAGUGGGACCAGACCCUUUCAGCGCGAAGACGUGAUGUCCAUCUCUCAAAAGAACAAGAGAGCCGUCUUCCUACACACUGGUUGAAAAGCAAAGGAGCCCAUACCACAAUGGCAGAUGCACUAUGGCGCCUUCGAGACUUGAUGUUGAGAGAUACUCUUAAUAUUCGUCAGGCAUACAACAUAGAAAAUGUUUAACCUUUCAGUACCAACAUAUAAAAUUUUUGUGGAACAAUAGCUGUUUUAGUUAUUGGUGGGUGAGGGCAAACUGUUUUUACUGCAUCUUACUGUACAUUACAAGAUUGUUUUUUUUUAUAUAUGGACACUUUUAAUAAGCAUAUUUCACUUUUUGUUAUAUUAUGUUGACUUUUCUUAAAUAUACAGACUUGUGCAUAUGGUUCUUUGACUUGGAAGAUGAUCUCAUACUUGGUUAUAAAAGGAAAACAAAGUUGCAUCCUUUUUCUUCACAUGGAAGUUCUGAGGCCAUCAAUGUUUUUCAAGUAGCAAGAACAUUUACAGUUUAUUUGGGAAAUGAAAAAAUACUUCUGCAUUACAUCUUAGCAGCAUGAACAUCCCUGUGUUUAUAUGGUAGUUACUUCCGAUAAAUGCAUCAAAUGAUCUUAAAAUGAUAUACUGGGGCAGGGAGUGGAUGGAAUCAAUCUGGUAAAUGUCAGAUCUUGAGUAUUCAGUCAUUCGAAGGGUUACAGAAUGUUGUAAGAGAAAAGAACUAUUUAGCAAGGCAGUACCGGGCCAUCUUUUGGCAUUUUCCAAAUUUCAAGUCUGGUUUGUGUUGCUGACUGGUCUAUACGAAGAGCUCUACGAAUAUGAAAGGUUGUAAGUGCUGGCAGUAGACACCGGCUGCGUGAGAGCGUACAGCAUCUACUUUAUUUGUCCACAGUGAGACCUGAGUUUAUCAUCACAGCAGAUUAUCUGAGAGGUGAUUCUGGAGGAAACAUAAUUAUAAAAGAUGAAAAUAUUUCUUCUACUUUAAUAUCUAACAUGGUUCAGUUUUUGACAGGGUAUAUUAACGCCUCAAGUCAUUAGUAACAAGAUCUAGGAUUCUUUGGUAUUUCUGUCACUGGAAGAAAAACUGGACAAGGUUUUCUGUUUAGCUUUAAGUUAUUACUGCAAAUUUACUACUGUGAUCUUUGAAGGUAAGUGGCAGGGCAUACACUUGCAUAGUUACCAUCUUGAAAUAUAUGUUCUGUUAGUAACUCCACACUGAUUAAUAAGUUGGCUUUUUUUUAAAAAAAAAUACAUAUAUUCUGUCAUGAAAGUAUUGUAGUCCAUCUGUCCAGAAUGUUAACCAGAACUGUAGCUGUACUGCAUUAAUGUCAACACAGUUGAUGAGGUUGUUGGCAGUAGUGGAGUUGCACCCUAAUCAUGCAUUAUUUGUUGAGAAAGUCAUCUAAAUUUUAAAAUAAAUUCUAAAUCCAAGUCACACACUCUCAACCUCAGAGGAAUGUAAUGGCAAACCCCCUCUGAAGAAACUUGACAAGAAAACCCCAUAAUAAAUUGGAAUGAGUCACAAGUGACGUAAAGGAACACAGCAACAAACAUCCAAAUCAUGUGGAGUCAUUGUUUUAAGGUACCUCUAAUCUGAGUAAUUCCUUUAAGCAUAUAAAAUGUCUAGAGUUAAGGUACUUUAAUUUUUUUAAAAUCAUUUAAACAAACUUCCUCUCGUUCCUGCAUUUAGUUGUGUAAUUUUCUGGUUUUCUGCCUAAUUACAUAGUAUAAUUUCCUGGUUUCAAAGCCUUCCUCUGUUCAGGAAAUGGCUUCCAAGCAUAUUCUUCACUUGUAAAGUUAAGUAUAAUUUUAGGGAGAAACCACAGCUUUGAAUUGUAACAAAUGUUGGAGAGACUUGGGGAUAGAAUACAUUUUUUUAAAAAACCAAACAUGGAUUCAAGGAAAGAAUUUAAAAAGAAUUGUACCAACCAAUAAGAUAAAACAUCUAUGAAUGAAUUAAAAGGCAUGUUUUAGAUGCCUUGCUUAAUUACAAGGUUAUCAGAUGAAGUAUUGUUCUGAUAACUUCAGACAGUAAACAAUUCACUAGAAAAACAAGUUUAUUCUGGAAAUGUUAAGUUUUUUUGGUUAUAGUUAUAUCACAGCACUUAUUUCAGUGCAAAUCCAGAAAAUGUGAACUUACUUGAUGGCUCUGGAUCUUUUCAAAUUCUACUGUACAUUGUGAUAGCAAAAUGUGGCCUGUGCAAGUAUAAGCAAAACAUUUAGAUUUCAGGUGUUUUGAUAUGGUACUAAUGUAAAAUACAGUUUGAUCAACAUGUAGGGAAAUGUUUUGCAUCCUUAGCAUUCUGCAGUCUGGUACAAAUGUAUGGCCCUUUGCUAUAUUUGAAAAACUACAGAAGUGCUGCUAUCCCCAUUUCUUCAUUUUUACCCAGGGAGUUGUCUUAGCUGACUUUGCAGCAAUGCCCGAUGCUAAACUGGGCUGUGCUGGGAACUGUUUAGGUGAAUGCAUGAGUGCUCUUGUGGAUCAUGGCCAGUGUAAAUUACCUCAGAUACUGCAACGUUCAAAAAAGUCAAAAGUAGGCAGCAGGUGUUAUUUUUUUAAUGUACUUUGAGCCACCAUAGACUUUUACUAAUACAAUCAUUUUUUAAGGUAUUGCUAAAAUUAUACCAAAGAACCUACAAUUUAUUUAUUUUUAUUUAUUUUUAAAAAAUAUGUUUGUCAAGAACAGGAUAAGACAGUUGCCUCACCUUGGCCCAGAUGUUGUGUACUUCAGAAGGAUCUGUGCUGAAUGAUUUGCAGCAUUGUAUUUCCCAGCCAUUUAAGUCUAAGGCAGCUUCACAACUCCUAAUAGUCCAGGAGUAAACAAUCAGAACUGUAUAAAAGGCCUUUCUAGUGCAGAGCACUCCUAGACCAUUAGGCUGGUCCUAAUUAUUUUAAAUGUUAUUUAUUCCAAAAUCAUGUGACUGUGUAGAGACCAUUUCAGUAAUGUAUUGGUUAAGAUUUGAUCGCUAUAAUCCAAUACUGCACAACUAGUUGACUGAAGUGUAACUAAAUAGAUGAACUGAAAAACAAACCAUGUCUUAUUUUGGCCAUUUGAUCCCAUUAUUGUUUUACAUAGUAACAUACUAUAUUAAAAUAAAAUUAUGGGAGAUGGUUGCCCCUGGUAAGUGGGGAAAUGCAUCAAUUCAAUCAGUUUGGAAGUAAUUAGCAAUUCAUAGUCUAUUCCUUAUUCCCCCUUCUUUUCUAAAAGAGCAAAUGUGUAUAAUAUUCAAGUUCAUGUUUACAUUUUCAGCAUAGAUACCUUUGGACCUGGUUAAUCCAUCCCUAAUUUUUGCUCCUGGUUGUACUCACUAGUGAGUAAAGUAAUUACUAGCCAAUCUGCGUGUACUAUCAAUUUGACUUUUGGAGCCUUUUUAAUUAAAAAAAAAAUAGUUUGCAAUUUGGAUUAACCAGGUUUGAUCGACAGAUCUCCCCCCCCCCCCCGGGGUAAAUCUUGACAUCUGUAAAGAAAUCAUAACAAGGUGUACAUAUUUCCUAUGACAGAAGGACAGUGUCAACUCACUUUAUAUUUUUCUCUUUGGGAGUGAGGAAAUUUUUUUAAGUGAUACCUUAAAUUACAUUUUUACUCUUAAAGGGUAUUUUAACAGUGCCCAGUGUCUCAAAAUCAUUUCUUUUGUAAAUAAUGAAAUCUAGAUUAAUUUUUCAGCAUGAUUUUGGUUUUGUUACACGGCCUAUUGUGUCUUCUAUGGAACAUAUUGUCCUAUCCUAUUGUGUGGAAGUCCUCUGUUGACCUGUGAUAAUUUUUCCUGAGACAGUGGCUUAGAAUUUCAAGACUAAGCUGCAGCAAAGCUGGGGGUGGGGGAGUCCAGUCUCUUCUGCCAACUGUUGGGAUACAUCCAAACCACACAAUGUCAUGACAAAAGUGUUCUCUUUAAUUAUAGAAACAAUAUAGUAAGUGGUGGUUGCAUAAACAGCUUAUUUUUACAAAGUGAUGAAUAAAUAAACCAAGAAGUAAAUGUCUCGGUUAACAGUUACUGUUUCUAAAGUACCUUGUAAGUAACCAGUUGUCAUCAUCUUUAUCUCCUAAGUAAUUCUAGUCAAACCAGAGAGAGCAGUAUCACUUUCUGUUGCCAGGCCUAGUUGCAAAAAUGCAUUCCACAGGAUGAGAUAUAGUCAGCCUGGAGAACAAUUUGUGGGAUUUAUCCUCUGGGAGAGGCAGAAUACAAAUAAAAUUUUAUUAUUAUUUAUUAUUAAUAAUAAUACAUUUAACUCAAUGGAAGUCUUGUAGGAUUUAGCACUCCAAAGUUCAUAUCAUAUAGCCAUAAAGGGUGAAGUUCAUCUUUCUUCCAAACUUUCAUGCUGUCUCUCCGACUUCUUUCUGCGGUAAACAUCAU